AUCUCCUACAUCUCCUACAUCUCCCCCCUCCCCCCUUCUCUGAACUCGUCACUAUGCAAGAGCAGGUCGAUGAAGAACACCUAGAAAAUAUAUUGUCGGAACUGGAAGACUACCAAAUCACCCACGCAUCGCUUUUGAAGAUCCCACGCGCCUCAGAUGACUGCGAAUCAACGGUGGCCAUUGCUCGUCCGAUCGGCGUUAGCAUCCUUCCUACGACCUUCCCCCGCCACCUCUUCAAUCACGCCUUAAACAUUCAAACUCUCUUCAAUCAGCUCUAUAUGAAAAUCUCAGAGGAUGAUGCUUGGCUUCAGAAUACUAUCCAGAAGCUAGGGGAGGCGGAUACAUUUGUCGCCAAAUUGUGGUCUAUAUGGGAACGUGUAAGGAAUGAAGGAGAGGUCCAACCGUUGAGGUGCGGCAUAUUUAGGAGCGAUUAUAUGAUUCAUCACGACAGUUCGAGAACCAGCGGGAGAGAGGCCACCACGAAGGAUUAUAUAAACCAAUUCCUGAUGGACUCCGAGCUUAAACAGGUCGAAUUCAAUACCUACUCCUGUGCUGGAGGAGCCCACGCCAACACCGUAGCGAACAUGCACCGAUAUUUAGCAAGCAAAUGCAUACACAAAGUAUCCCACCUACCUAUAAACCAUGCCGUCAGAUCGAUGGUGGAAGCUCUCGAGUGCGCACAUAGGGAAUACGGUUCACCGGUAGACAAGAGCAGAGGGACCGCUAUACUCAUGACGGUACAGCCGAACAAUGUCAACAUCUGCGACGAACGACCGGUAGAGUACGCGCUUUCGGAAUGUGAGCCGCCUAUUGUGCUCUACCGAGUCGAGUUUAGCGACGAGAUAGUACGUAAAUGCAGUUUAGGGCCAAGUCGUGAACUGCUCUUUCGACCGAAUUUCGAGAACGAGGCUGUCGAAAUCUCGGUUGUGUACCAGCGAGCCGGAUAUGACCCACAUGAAUAUGAUCAACAAGGAAUCCAUGCGCGGUACAUGCUUGAACGAUCACGGGCGAUCAAAUGCCCGACAAUAUUAUCUCACCUAGCCGGGUUGAAAAAGGUCCAGCAGGAACUCACUUCUCCCGGAAUGACAGAGCGAUUCAUUGCCCCCGACAUAGCCAGUGUCCUACGUCGAACUUUCGUGCCUCAGUAUCCGUUUGAUGUUUCUCAAGAAGGUAUACAAGCCAAAGAAAUAGCAUUAGAUAAACAUAAAGCCGAGAACCACGUCCUGAAACCCUCGCUUGAGGGUGGAGGGAAUAAUAUUUACGGGAAAGAUAUAUCGGAUUUCCUCAAAACCGUACCAGAAAAAGAGUGGAGUAAAUAUGUUCUGAUGGAGAGAAUACGUCCUCCACUGACCCACGGCGUACUUAUUUCCCCUGUAGAUACUCACAAGGGACCGGUCAUCUGCGAGUUGGGAAUCUUGGGAACAUGUCUUUGGAGAGGAGAUGGGCAGGGCGGAGAGAAGGUAAGAGUCAUCCAUAACAAUACGGCCGGGUGGACAUUCAAGACAAAACCCGAAGACGUUCAGGAGAUGAGUGUUGUCAAGGGGUACGGGUGUUUUGACUGCCCGUCCCUUCUUUAGGCGGCUUUUAUCAUAAGAAUAUAUGUAUGGAUUCACGUGCGAUGGCCUCGGCAUCGUGUACAUGUUGAUGCCAGAGCACAAUGCUAUAUUCUUAUGUAGGUAUAUACCUAGGUAGGUACUAGGGUAAGUAUGUGUUUGCACAAGUCGGUUGGCAUCCAGGGCAACGCACAUGAGAAUCGACGGCUACUAGGUAGGUAAUCCAGAAUCUCGUGCCGGGCUUUGACUCUGGCUGCCGCCGGCAUGCAUCCCUUUCAACCCUGCACCGUGCUCGUGGUCAGGAAGCUCUGCUGUCUUGUCCGCUCGCGCGACGUGAGAAUUCUUAUACUUUAGCACAACCUUCGGAGACAGGGGAAUGCAAGAGAAGAGAAGAAGAAGAGAAGAAGAAGAGAAGAAGAAGAGAAGAAGAAGAGAAGAA